AUGAGUGUUGAAGGUCCUUGCCAAAGUUCGAAGCUUCCAGUGACUUCCAUCCGCACACUGAACAAACUGGCAAAGAAUGUGAGCUCUGUGAGCAAGGACGACUCGCUUACUUCGCUCGACUGGCUGAGCUGCCUUGGGACCCCUCAGCCAUCCGUCAAGGAGCCUCGUCCUGCACAAUACACGCCGAAAGAGCUCAUACGGCUGAGCUUUCGCCUCGCACGCCAUGACGUACUCACAAUACAGGAAAUGGUGGACAUGGCGCAGCGCCUGAGUCUGAAAAUUUCAAAGAGUGACAUUGAGAGUGAAUUGAGAAGAUCCAGCGAGUUUAGUGAAUCACCAUCUGGCUGGAAGCUACAGAACUCGUCGACAGGAAGUUCGCAUGAUGGCGGGCGUCCGGCGAAAAGGGCGAAAAUCUCCGACUCGCAAGAGAAUCACGUCAAUGUCAUUGUUGAUUCGAGCAGCCUCAAACAGUCGCAGGAGACGGCGAAGAUAUCCCCGCUCAACCGCAAUGCGUACUGCCCAGAUCUCUCCAACGUUUUAAUUGACUUCGGCAUUCCGAUCAUGAACGAGAGUGUUCCCAUGGAAGAACACACGAAGCACGGAAUGAGCCAGCAUCUGCCCAUGCUUGAAGUCACUGGCGCAAGAAUCCCCACCCCGGAAGACUGGAUUAAAGACGAGUACUCGAACAAUUCCGUAGGCGUCGACUCUCCUCAGAGUCACGAGGACUUAUUCACGUCCUCGGAUGUAGAUACACCCUUCCUCGUCGACUCGUGGCUUCAAGGAAUGUUCCAAAAUUUACUAUGCGUAAUAUCAAUUUAUUUUUUCGAAACGAGCAUUUUCGAAUGA